UGGGGGGGCGGUGCCGCGCGCUGAUUGGCUGCGGCGGAGAUUUGAACUGGGCGCGCGGCCGGGGCCGGGCGGCUGCGGGCAGUGACGCGCCAGCGGCAAGAUGAUGCGCCUCAAAGGAGCCGACUUCGUGGCGCGGACGUGCAGCCGGGAGGAGACGGAGGCGCUGCUCUCGGAGCUGACGGGAUGCCUCGCCGGCGCCCCGGGAGACUCGGCCGGGCCGACCCAGCCGUCGCGGCAGAGCGUGGUGUGCGACAGGGUGCUGCGAGCCUGCGUCCAGCAGCUGGGGCAGCCGGGGCCCGGCGCCGCGCACGCCGCCAGCCUCGUGUCGCUGGCUGAGGCCGCUUGCCGGGGCUACGUCGCCGCGACGCCCCAGCCCGCUCCCCUCUACCUGGAGAAGAUCCUCUACCACCUCCUGAGGAACGCGGUGGCCCGGGGGGCCGGCGAUGCCUGCUGGAGGGCGGCCGAGCUCCUCCGCGCCCGGCUGCUGACGUACCGGCCCCGCCGGGCACCCGCCGAGGACUUCGCGGCCGUCGUCCGCAGCGGUUUCGGCGUGCUGUGGAACGGCGCGGAGGCCCUGGCCGAAGCCACCCGGGCGCCGGAGGAGGGCAGGGCUGUGCUUUCAGCUCGUCUGCGGGCCCUGCGCUUCCUGCUGCUGCUGGAGGAGGACGGGGCUGCCCUGCUGCCGCAGGAGCCUCCCUUCCUCACCUCCCAGGCUGCUCGCCAGGCCGCCGCGGCCGCCCUCAUGUUCGAAGCCCGGCGGACGCCCCUCGGCGCGGACGAUGCCGUCUUCCUCAGCCGGCAGCUCGCCGGCUGCUUGCUCGCGGCGCUGCGGGAGGGAUGCGGCGCGGCGGAGCCGCCGAGCCCGCAGCGGUGCCUGUGCUUCUUCGAGCUCACCUUGGAGCGCUGCCGGCGUCUUUGCAAGAGCGGCUGCUACGGGGAGGCCCUGGAGGCCGUGGAGGAAGCCCGCGGCUUUCUGGGCGCAGCGAGUAGCUCGGCGAAGUCCUUUAACGACCCCCUGGCUCUGCUGGAGGCCGGGGUCCGGCUGAGCCGGGUGCUGGCCGGGAGCGCGGGCGAGGCAGGGCCGCCCUUUGCGCGGGCGGCCGCCGCGCUGGGUGCCGCGGCGAAGGUCUCGGAGCGGUUCGUCCGGGUGCUGGCCGAGAGCUGCCAGCUGGUCGUCUCGUCCCUCGGCGGCUACGUGAAGAGCAGCGAGCGGAGGCCCUUCGGGCGGGAGGACGUUCUCGGCCUCUGCGCCUUCACGGAGGGCUACUGCCGCGUCCUCCACCGGCUUCUGGAGAGGAUUCCUCCCGACAGCGUUAAACAGCAGCUUGCGGUGAAACAGCUGCUCUACCACAGCCUCCAGCUCUUCACCAGCGUGGCGUACGACGCCUUCCAGUGCUCCCAGGCAGCCGGGUGGCCCGGCCUGGAGCGGCUGGUGGGGGUUUGCCGACGGACCGUGGCGCGGAUGCUGGCGGCGCUGGAGGGGCUCCCUGCCAGCGAGCGGGCCGAGUACCUCGACGUCACCGCGUCAUGCACGUUUAAGCUGGCCUACAUCUUCUACAGCCAGAAUCUUCACGAGGAGGCCACCUCCGUCUCCGAGCUCUUCUGCAGGAGGCUGGAGAUGGCAGACGCCUAUAAAUACCCGGAGAUACCCCCGGAAAGGCUGCACAGAUGCUUCAGGCUGCAGGUGGAGAGCUACCGCAAGCUGGGCCGGUUCGAGAGGGCCCUGGCGUCCGUCGUCCAGUGGCUGGCCGCCCUGCGGGGCAGCAUCCAGGAGCAGAUGGCGGAGCCCAUCACUUUCUGGGCCAGAGUCAAAACAGAAGCCGCGAAGCAGGGGGCCGAGGAGAUGCAGCUACGGACCCUGAAGGAUGGCCUGGAGGGGCACCGCCUGGACGCGGGGACCUUGGUGGCCGUGCUCUUUGAGGAGCUGAAGGCCUACAAGACCGUGCGGGCCAACACGGGGCAGGAGCGCUACAACGUCGUCUGCGACCUGCUGGAGAUCUGCUCGGAGGAGAGCGGCCGCCUGCACCAGCGGGCCGUCGGCUUGGUGGAGCUGGCCCAGGUCUUGUGUUAUCACGACUACGCGGCGCACACCAACUGCUCCUCCUUGGACUCGAUCCGAGAGGCCUUGCGGCUGCUGGAGUCGGUGCCCAGCACUGCCCAGAACCAGGACGAGCUCCUCGACGACCGAGCGCAGGCCUUGCUCUGGCUGUACAUCUGCGCCCUGGAGUCCAAACUGGAGGAGAGCAUAGAGAGGGAGCAGAGAGUCAAAGCUCAGGGGCAGAAGCACCUGGAUGACUUUGAGCCCAACGACCUCAACUACGAAGACAAGCUGCAGGAGGACAAGUUCCUGUACGACGGCAUCGCCUUCAAUCUGGCUGCAGAGUCUGCUCAGUCCCAGAGCCUGGACGAGGCCUUUGCCUUGUGGAAGCAGCUCCUGGAGAAGGGAGUUCCCAGCGUGCGCAGCCUGGAGCAGACCACGGUCUCCCUGUACCUCAUGGCAGCUCUCUACAGGCUGAUGGCCAAGCCCCUGCAGGCCCUGGAGAGCUACCUCCUGGUCAGAUCCCUGUGCAGCGCGCUCGGAGACAGCCUGGGCAUGGCCGGUGCCUUGUGCCAGAUCACCAAGCUGCUCUUCCAGCUGGAGUGUCCCGGCUACGCCAAGCUCUUCCUGGAGGAGACGGAGUCCUGCUUGCAGAAGGCCGACAGCAGCUGCAAUUCCUACCUGCUGCUGAAGCAAACGUGCCUUCUGCUCCGCAGCCAGCUCUGCUGCGCCAGCCACCAGAUUGAAGAAGGCCUUGCCCUGCUGCUGGAAGUGCUGCAGAACCCAGCUCUGCAGAAGAUUGCAAAGGUCUGGUACCUGCUCCGAGCCCACGUCCUUCAGUUAACGGCCGUCUACCUGAGCCUUCCUGCCGCCCGCCUCUCGCCGGAGCUCAGGCAGCAGAUCUUUGCUCAAGGGUGGAGGACGCCCGAGACUGCUCUCACUGAAGCCCACAAGUUCUUCCGUAGCAUCAUCCUUCUGCUGAUGGGCAGCAACGUGCUGGGCUCUCACAAGACCGCGUCAGAUGUCCAGUUUGUGGAUUACGGGGACAACCUGCUGCAGAAGUGGCAGGUGCUGGCCGACCUGCUGGCCUGCUCGGAGCAGCUCGUGGCCCUCCUCAGCAGGGUGGAGAUGGUGUGCGAAGCCAAAGCCUUCUGCCUGGAGGCUGUCAAGCUGGCAAUGAAACUGCACGCGAUCCGGUGGUGUGCCACCUUCCUCGUGCUGAAGGCCCAGCUGGAGCUGCAGCGCAGCGAGCCGGAGCUGAGCCGCUCCGACCUCCAGCAGGCCCUGUUCCUCCUGGAGUCCGGCACCGAGUUUGAAGCCAGCGAGAAGCAGCAAGGGCAGAUGAAGAUCCUGCCGCGGAAGGGCAAGCCUGAGGGCCGGAGGCAGCGGGAUCCCGGCUCGGACCCCCCCAGGGAAGAGGAGGGCUUUCUGAAGGGCCCCGCGCUCGAGUUUGUGGCCACGGUGAGCGGGCCGGAGAAGGCCGCUGCCCUCACCACGUCGCCGGAGCUGAAACCCAAGCCGAGGAGACGCCUGGCCUUCCUCGCCCACCCCUCCACGUGCUCCUGCUGCCUGUGCUCCGACCUGACCCUCUCGGCUCUCUGCCUCCGCUGGCUGCUCUCCUGCGCCCAGGGCGAGCUGGCGGCGGGCGGCACGGCCGAGGGGCUCGGCCUGCUCCGGGCCACGCUGCGACGCUGCGCCACCGUGACCGCCCGCUUCGCCGCCGUGCUGCGGGACAAGCCGUGGGGCGGCCCCGCGGCGGCGGCCGGCCGGGCCCUGCCUGCGCUGGAGCUGCUGGACGAUCUCGUGGCCACCGGCUACGCCACGCUGGCCUCCCAAAGCCUGGCCGGCCCCCAGCCCCAGGAGAAGCUGUGGGAGCACCUGGAAGCUGGCCUGACCUUCCUGGCGUCCCGGCGGCCUCACCUGCCCGGCCUGGAGGUCUCCAGGGCCACCCUGCUGCUUGCCAAAGCCGUUGCCGCCAUUUGCCGCCUGGCCUCCAAGCGCGGGGGCUCCGUGGCCGGCGUCUUCUCCAGCGCGUGGGCCUGGCAGCCCCCGCUGACUCCUACGGAGCCCAAAGAGUCGGUCGCAUCCAAGGCGCUCAAGACGGACGAGGCUGUGCCCCAGAGGAGCAAGAGCAAGAAGGUGACAGUGACAGUGCCAGCACCGGGGCCCAAGCCCAGGGUGAAGAAGAGCCAGAGAGCAAAGCCGCUGGCUGCAGCGGAUGCGGACGACGUCUUCGCUCUGGGCGACUUGGACACCGAGGUGCCUCCCAUCGUUAUCCGGCCGGUGACGAUGCCCUGCACCCCGCGCCAGAAGCCCUGUCCCCCCGCCAAGACGCGCGCCCCGGCAGCUGCGGCAGCCCCAGGCCCCAGGGCUCCCUUCACGGUGUUCAGCGAGUCCUCCCCGCCGGCCGGCAAGGCCCGGCUCCUGAAAGCCCCCAGAGCCGUGGGCAGAGUCAAGUCUCGCCUGAAGGUGACGUUCAGCGACGACAGCGAUGUGGAGGAUCCCAAACCGGGGGCGACCCCGGCAGCUGGCAAAACCCCAGGCCCCAAGACCCCCCAGCUGACGGGCCGCAGCUGGAGAGCCCUGCGCCCCAAAUCCGCGGCUGCCGACACGGAGGGGUCCCAGACAAGCUCGUCGGAGGACAGUUCCCGGGGCAGCAACGCCCGGCCCCGGAGAGCCCGGGCUGGCUCCCGCAGGGCUGCGGCCACGGAGGAGAGGAGAGAGCGGACAACCCGCCGGGCUCCCGGCAGGAGAGCAGAGGAGGAGCGGGAGCUUCUGAGGACCAUCGAGGAAGAGGAGAAGGUGGAGGAAGAACUUGAGAUCAGCUUUGAGGUUUUGCGGGCCUCUGAGGAAGAGGAGGGAGUCCCAGGCCGGAGGCGGCUGCCCCAGGAGGGUGCUGAUGGGGAGCACGAGGUGCUGCGGCGAGACGCCAGCGAGGACAUCCUGGCUGCACGGAGGCCCGGCAGCGGGGACCCCCUGCGCCUGGAGACCCUCUCCUCCUCCCUGCCCUCGGCUGACGAUGUCUCUUCCCUGGACGAGGCCUGUGAACUCCUGAAAGCUGCUUUCGACUGCAUCAGCCACUGCCCUCCCGGUGCCCUCUACAGCCAGCUCUGCCAGCUCCUGGCGCUGUCCCUGGGCGAGCAGGACCCCCUCUCCACCGCCUACCUGCUCUCGGAGUCGGUCGCGGUCACCACCCGUCACCAGCUGCUCAGCACGGUCCACAGGAAGCUGCACAAAGCGAAGAAGUCGCCGGCCGAUGUGGCCGAGCAGCUCCAAGGGCUUUCCUUGCGGGAGGAGAGUGCCACCGCGCACAGCCACCACCUCGCUCGGCUCCAGGGCCUCUUCGCGUUCGGCUCCGCGGGGCUGGGGCCUGGGGAGCUGGACGGCUUCAGGGAGCAGCUGGAGCAGAUCCCCCCUGGGGUGACCGUGUGCGUGCUGACCCUCGUGAGCCUGCAGCCCGCCUCGGUGGGGGACACGCUGCUGCUGACGCGCCUGGAGAAGGGCAGCGCGCCCGUGACCGUCCGGAUCCUCACCGCGCUCACCAAGGCCCCGCUGAGCUCGGUGCUGAGCGAGUUCGACGCCAUCCAGAAGGAGCAGAAAGAAUCCAGCGGCUGCAUGGACAAGCGAGACUGGUGGCUGUGCCGCUCGGAGCUGGACCGGAGAAUGAAGAGCCUCAUCGAGACCCUGGAGACGCGGGUGCUGGGCUGCUGGAAGGGGGCCCUGCUCCCCGCUGGCCAGGAGCCCGGUCUGGCCGAGGAGGCCUCCAGCUUGUGCGCCCAGCUCCAGCAGUGCGGCUGGGCGGACGCGAACGCGGCGCUCCUCAAGGUCGUGCUCAACGCCUCUCCCCUCCUCACCCCCCAAGACCUGCAGUCCCUGGCCUUCAGGCUCUGCCCGGCUCAGCCCUACGCGGCCCAGCUCCUCUUGCAGGAGGCCCUGGAGAAGCGGAAAGCCGGCGCCAGGCAGGCCGGCGGCUCCCUCGUCCUGGUGCUGGACAAGCACCUGCAGAAGCUGCCCUGGGAGAGCAUGGCGUGUCUGAGGGAUGUGCCCGUGACCAGGCUGCCUUCGCUGCGGUUCCUGCUCAGCUAUUCCCUGGCACAGCAGCGCGCAGGGUCCGUGCUGAGCCGCGGCGUGAACCCCGGCAGCACCUUCUACAUCCUCAACCCACACAACAACCUCCCGGACACGGAGGAGCGUUUCCGGGGCUGGUUCGAGAGCGAGCCCGGCUGGAGCGGGGUGUCGGGAGCCACCCCGAGCCAGGAGCAGAUGCAGGCGGCGCUUUCGGAGCACGAUCUCUACAUCUACGCCGGGCACGGAGCCGGCGCCCGCUUCCUCGACGGGCAGGCCAUCGCCAGGCUGGAGUGCAGCGCCGUGGCCCUGCUCUUCGGCUGCAGCAGCGCUGCCCUGGCCGUGCGCGGCAGCCUCGAGGGCUCCGGCAUCGUGCUCAAGUACAUCAUGGCCGGGUGCCCCCUCUUCCUGGGCAACCUGUGGGACGUGACGGACCGCGACAUCGACCGCUACGCGGAGGCUCUGCUCCAGGGCUGGCUCCGGGGGGGGCCGGGGGCCCCGCUGCUGCGCUACGUCGCCCAGGCUCGCCAGGCUCCCAAGCUCAAGCACCUCAUCGGCGCAGCCCCCGUCGCCUACGGGCUGCCCGUGUGCCUGCGGUGAGGCCACCGCUGCCUGGCCCCAGCCCAUCUCCCUCCCCUCUGGUCCUGGGGGGCUUCCCCCCUCCCCCGAGGGAGACGGGGGGGUGCUGCUGUGGUGAACUUGCAGUGUUUGCACAGGCGUCAGCCGCUGUGAGUGCACACCUGUAACUCUGUUCUUGGAUCUUAACUUAUUUUAACGUGGUUUUAUAUGACACAGUCACUGUAUGUUGUGAGACAAUAAAGCUGGUGCAGUUGGA